AUGGCUCAGGACCUGGGAACGAAAUAUAUACCAGGGCACACCCUGGCGAAGAAUUUUGGUGUGGAGUAUGUGAUCCUCUACUCCUUCGAGGACCAGGAUGCUAGCAGAGAGCUGCAGAGAUUGCUUCGGGCCUUGUAUAGUGUCGGGCUCGAGGCUGCCGUGCGCCCUGGCAAGGGUCAGUGUCUUGUCGUCCUCGUCCGGCCUAGGGAGGAUAAGUUGAAAGCAAUGGCAUAUAGAACAAGGAUCAAGGACUGGCUGUAUGGUGUGCGUACCUCACAGCCCACUAAUGAUAUCAACGAUACCCAAGGGGUGCCAUGGACGGAGGCAGAGCGUCUCCGCACAAUAUAUGACAUGAUGACUCUCCCACGCGCAGACGGUGGAGCAGAUAUUACCCCAGGGUAUGGAUAUUGGAAGAAUGUCAAGUCGAUAUUCCCUCUACAUGACCACGACAUGAACCGCGAGUGGAUCAAGUCCUGGAGCCGUAAGACGCUUUUGGACAACAGCGAUCUGGAGCAGAUAAGAGUGAAGCUGGGAGAGAAAGUAGCAUUCUACUUUACCUUCCUGCAAACGUAUUUCCGUUUCCUCAUGGUCCCCGCGGGCCUGGGCCUGUUCUGCUGGGUGUUCCUCGGUCAUUUUUCGAUCUUUUAUGCUGUUUUGAACUCGCUCUUCUGUCUUGUGUUUGUAGAGUUUUGGAAGAGACAGGAGACCGAUCUGCGGCUGAGGUGGCAGGUAAAGGGAGUGUCCGAGAUUAAGGCUCGGAGAAAGGAGUAUAAGCAUGAGAAGGAGAUCAUUGACCCAAUUACGGGUGAGACAGUCUAUGUGUUUCCGGCCUCCAAGCGCCUGGUUAGACAGUUGCUGGUGAUUCCAUUUACUAUGGCAGUGGUUGUAGCAUUGGGCACCUUAAUUGCAACAUGUUUUGCUAUCGAAGUCUUUAUCAACGAGAUCUACUCUGGCCCUUUCCGGACAUAUCUGCAGCAGGCAUUUGUACCUACAAUCAUACUAUCACUCUGUGUGCCGACUAUCAGCGCUAUACUAACGAAGGUCGCGACCCAAAUGACAGAGUAUGAAAAUUAUGAGACGCAGGACAGCCAUGAUAUUGCUCUGACACGCAAAGUUUUCAUACUUAACUUUGUCACUUCCUAUCUACCUAUCUUCCUGACAGCGUUCGUGUAUGUCCCUUUUGCACCAACUAUAGUGCCGUACCUGGAUGUCUUCCACCUUGCCGUCAAGCCCUUCCAGCCCAAUGAGAAGGGCGCAACGACAGCGUCUGCAGCUACAGAGAUCAGAGAGUUCCGCAUCAACAGAGCGCGACUGCGCAACCAGGUAAUCUACUUUACGGUGACAGCUCAGAUCGUGAAUUUUGCACUAGAGACGGUAGUUCCCUAUGUCAAGCGCAAAUUCUUCCGCAAAUACGAGGAGAUGUCCGAGGCAAGGAAGAAUAAAGAGGACAGCAAGUCCGCGUCGUCAUCUUCUACCGACCUUUUGUUGGAUGAUGUACCAGAAGAAGCCGAAUUCCUCAAGCGGGUACGAAAUGAAUCUGAAUUGAGUGAAUACGAUGUGACCGAUGACCUGCGCGAGAUGUGUGUGCAGUUUGGAUACCUGGCCCUCUUCUCCCCCGUCUGGUCUCUGGUCCCGGUCUCCUUCUUGGUCAACAACUGGGUCGAGCUGCGAUCGGACUUUUUCAAGAUAUGCAUCGAGUACAAGCGUCCCACGCCCUUCCGUGCGGACUCCAUCGGUCCGUGGUUGGACUCACUCAGCUUCCUGUCGUGGAUGGGCAGUCUGACGAGCGCAGCACUAGUGUAUAUGUUUUCAUCUGUAGCUGGUGCCGGUAACGAUGAGCCUCACGAUGAUAUCAAGGGCUGGCUAUUGCUGCUGACCAUAUUUUUCUCUGAGCACAUCUACCUGCUCGCCCGCCUGGCAGUCCAGGUGGCCAUGUCCAAGCUGGAGACUUUGGAAACCCGCCGCGACCGAGCGGAACGUUACCUCAUGCGAAAGGGCUACCUUGACCGCGCCAGCAGCGGACAUGCAAACAUCAAUGAUACUGACGAGAACCACUACCAGCGUCGGGGAGAAGAGAUGCUUGCCGAAGUUCAAGCUAGUGCUGGUGUAGGUGAAGCAGUUGGCGAUUUCGAUGAGCUUGGCAGCGACUAUGUGGAAGAGGAGAUCGGGCAGAUCACCCGCUCAUCGCUCGAAGAAGACGCACGCAAGUUCAGCAUGCCAGACGCAACUCCAUCUGAGCUCUUUUGGGCGCGGCAGCAGGGGUGGAAGGAGUCCGCCAGGAUCGGGGCUGCUAUUAUCCAGGCUGGCGCCCAGAAGGAGACCAAGGAACCCAAGGAAACCAAGAAGAGUCAAUAG